AUGAGGACUCCUGAUGUGGAAACGACCCAUGAGGGGAGUGAUAUUUUUCGGGAGUGCCUAGCAGGGGUCGAAGAUGGUCCUGAUCCUGACGCCCCGUUUAUAUUUGAUGAGGCCCAGAGGCUUUUUAGACAAGCUGUGUUGUUUCAUCGGCAAGCAUUUUCCAAAUCUCGAGCCGAGCUUGCUCGGUGUGAAGCUGAACUCAGGAAGUUGAUGGAAGAGAGGGACGACCACAAGCGCCUCUAUGUACAGAAAGAGGAAGAAGUCAGAGAUCUCCGAGUUGAGUUGGCGAAGGCUCGUCAGGAACAGACUGAACUUAUCGAAAAGGCCCAGCAGAAGGGCGAGUUGGUGGAGCAGCUCCGAGAAAAUCUUAAGAUGAAAGAGGUCGAGACCCUAGGGUGGAAACAACACAUGAACUGUCUCGCCUCAGAGAAAGAUACACUUCGGGAGCAGCUCACUUCAAUCGAACGCCAGCUUCAAAAUGCAAAAGAGGAAAGCUUGGCCCGGAGCCGCACAAUCGAGGAGCUCGAAGCUAAAUCAGCCGCUGAGCUUACGAAGGCCAAAUAUCAGGCGGAGGCAUUUGAGUCCUCGUAUCGAGCUGACGCCAAAGCCGCAAACACUUGGGCACAAGAGAUCUCCAUUGCGGCUGAAGUUAAGUUAUCACGUGCUCUCGACCAUGCCAGGCGACAAUCUCGGAGAGAAACUCUCGAGGAGGUGCAUGCUCGUGGCUUCGACCUCUCAACUGACAUUGACAAAGCAAAAACUUUGGAGGACGAGGCUGCCACUUUACUCUGUGAUGGUGACGAUUUCGCCAGUGGCUCCGAGAGCGGAGAAGAUGAGAAUGAAGUCCCUGAGUAG